AUGCAGCUCUCGGAUGCUGCCGCCCAUAAGGAGGAGUACCUCAACAUCCUGCGCAGCAUGACAGGUCCCACCAGGAAAGCCGAGCUGGAGGCUUCAGCUCCCAGCCAGGCUGAGCCUGGGCGCCAUGCCCUGGGAGCAGUGGCUGUGCUCCUGUUGGGUGCUGGGCGCGCAGCUCUGGGGCUGCUACGAGGGCUAGACGUGCAAGCAUCCAGCAAGACCAUGCCAAAAGGCUGGGAGUUGGAAGAGCACAAGGUAUUGAGGACCUACGCCGUGCGAGGCAAUGAGAAGCAAGGCACUGGCCGCUUUCAGCUCUACGAGGAUGCCAAGAAGCGUGGCUACGGGGGCCGUUCGGAAGGCGCGCAGCUGCGCCGCCGCAACGCGAUCCGCUUUUUCGAGAAGAUCAAUGAAAAGUUCCAAGAUUGGGGUCUUGAGAUCCGGCGGCAGAACAAGGAGCAUGGCCCACAGGGUCUGGCUCGAGGAUGGCCCCCGUCAGUUGUGUUCUUCGCUGGAGACCUCAGGCUCCGCAAGAUGCUGCUGGACUGCAAGAAGCCUCCCUGUCCCCUGCCAGAUACCAAGCUCUGGAUCAAGGUCCCGGGGCCUUUGGCAGAGAUGGACCCCACCUUGGAGGCUUUGCAGCGCGCGGCUGGCUUCCUGUGCUCCGGGGAGGUAGCGGAGGUUUGCAACCAGGAAGAGAAGAAGGCGCUGCAGAGCCACCAGAAGGAUGCUGCACUGGGGAAGGUGGCGAAAGGUCUUCAGGGCGAUCUGCAGUCCGCCGCGUCGGGCUACCGCGAGGCGAUGAAAGGCGCCUCCUCCGGCACCGCCUACGCGCCCGACUCGCCCAUCCUCUCGCAGGUGGUGGGGCCCAGGCCAAGGCCAGAGACCCACGUGCAGCCUGCAACCGUCUCGGAGCCAAAGGAGCUAUCGCUGGCUGAGCUGAAGGAUCUCCCGACCAAAGACCUGCAGGCAAUGUUGAAGCAGAGGGGCGUGACCCACAACGCGUCAGACAAGGACAGUUUGGCCAACUGGGUGCAUCAGCAUCAGCACCUUCCCCACGUCAAGGUUGAGGCAGCGCGGUCUUUGCAACAGCUGCAGCAGCUGCCUGUUGCAGAGUUGCGGGACAUGCUGCAGGAGCGUGGGGUGGAGGAGGGCUCUGCGACAGAGAAGGCCGAGCUGGCGCGGUGGGUUUGGCAGCACCAGCACCUCCCGAUUCUGCACGAGAUGGAUCCCAGACGCCAGCGCAAAACCGGCGGCUUCGGGUAUGGGCGCAGAGGAAGGGAACCAGAGCCGGAGCAGAAGGAAGAGGAGAAACUGCAGCUAGAGGCUGAAGAGGUUGGCAAGCUGGAGGGUGAGAGCCCGAAGCUUCUUGAAGGGGAGACCAGUGCCCCGGCGCGGCGGUGGCCCUGGGUGCUGGCGGCCAGUGCCGCCGCGGUGGUGCUGCUCGUAGGGGGCAUUGCAGCCAACGACCUCCGCCAGGGCGAGGAAAGCUUGACCUUCGUUUGGUGGUGCGGGGUGUCCAUUCAACGGUUGAUUUCCCUGAAUGCUGCCGAUGAAAGGAGCAGCUGGAUGAUCUGGGCCAUGAUCAGCCCACGUGUCUGCAUGUUAAGGUUGUUCAAAGCCAAGGAGCUUUGGCGCUGGCUGGAGGACAACGGCGCCAAAGGCCUCGAGAAUGUAGAGCUAUUUGCCCGCCGGGACUUCUCCAAGAGCCAGGUGGUCGUGUCUAUCCCGAGCUCCCUUUGCCUGCAGGCCGAUGAUGGCCACGACAGACCUGAGGUGGCAGCAGCAGCUGCGCUGUUGAGGGAGAAGCGCUUGGGCUCCUCCAAGUUUCAGGCCUACCUGGAAAGCCUGCCUCGGAGUCUUCAGCACCCCGCUGUGUGGCCACAGAUGCCUUGGCGGCAGCUUCUGGGCCCGGCAGCACUACGGCGGGUGCGACUGGCAAGGAUGCGCGCUGCAGCAGGGUCUGCAGCCCUGCUGGACGCCGGCCUGGCAGACUCACAGGAGGAGGCGCGGUGGGCCUUGGCCACGGUACGCAGCCGGGCUUUCCCAGCUGGCCGCGGGAUGAUGCUAUGCCCGCUGUUGGACUUGCUGAAUCAUUACACAGUGUCCUCUGGAGGGCCUACCUGUGGCUUCAUCCGCUUCGGCAAGACGGUGGGGAUGGUCGCGGAGCGCGAGGUGAAGACGGGCGAGGAGCUGUGCCACCUGUACGCCUUGGCUCCGAGCUCGGAGCUCUUGGCAAGCUAUGGCUUCGUUCCCAAAGGCGGUGCCGGCGGUUUUGAAGAGGCGCUGAUUGAAGUGCCCGCACAUGACUUUGGAGGACCUUUGGGCGAAGCUUGCAGGGCGGCGCUGCGGCGGCGGAAUUUGGGCCGCGGUUUGGGCCUCGGCCGUCCUUUGCUUCUCCGCCUCUUUGGCAAUGUUGGAAGCAGCUUGUUGCUUCCGGUGGCUCGGCUUUUGAGCCUCCCUACGGUGGAAGAGAUUGGGCGGCUGGAAACGGAGAUCCUCGACAACUGGCAGGAAUUGCCUGACCUCGAUCUGGAGCAGCGUGCCUGUGCCUUGGCAGCCGCCUGGCUGGAGGUGCAGCGGGAUCGGAAUGCUGCCCUGGCACGGCAGCAGGUGCCACAGGCUGGCAUCCAAAGAGCUGCAGCCGAGCUCGCGAGUGCGGAGAACGUGCUGAUCAUGGCGGCCCUGGCUUUGGUGCUCACACGCCCUCGCACUGCCGACCAGCCGCUCGGAAGUCCCGUGAUCGUGAUCGCCCUCGUUUUUCACUUCAACCAUCGCAGUGCCUCCGUUGCCGCGGCUGUGGCCUACGUGGCCACCAUCCUCGUGGUGAUGUGGGACUCCUCGGCGGCUGAUCUGGUCAGCCUGGAGAACCUGUACUUCAAGAGCCAUGCUGGCACCGGCGUGUGUGUCGCUACCUACUGGCUUUGCUUGCUUUUCUGGCAUGAUGUGAAGAGACUGCUGUGCUGCCAUCGCGGCAAGCGCGUCUUCCUGGACCGCUGCUGCAUACACCAAAGCGAUGAAGACUUGAAGCAACAGGGUAUCGAGCAUUUGGACGUUUUUCUGCAGCUGUCAGACAAGAUGUUGGUCGUUUAUUCGGAGCUGUACACGAAAAAGCUUUGGACGAUGUACGAACUAGCAACUUUUCUGCCCAAGCGCGGUCCCAACCGACUCGUGGUGCUGCCCACCUUCCUUAUCCGCUGCACCAUCAUUGCUGUGCCCCUGGUGAUGCUACAUUGCAUAUGGGUGCAGCUUCUGCUCUAUCAGUCGGUUGAGGAGCAGGUGAGCGCCGUACUUCCAGACUCUCGGAUCCUUGUGGCACUUCUGGAUUUGCCGCUGCUUGUGACUGUGACUUGGGCCUUCCGGACCUGGUCUAAGGAGGAGCGACAGAUGAUGGAGAAUGUCCGGACCUUCCACUACGGCGACUCUCACUGCCUCAAGGAGACUGACCGCACAAUGGUUUACGGAAACAUCGCCAGGUACAUGCGCGACACCAAGGCGGUACCCCGGGACGCCUCUGAUGAGGACGCACUGCAGGCCUUCAACCAGCUGGUGAAGGCAGAAGUUCCCUACGCGAUCACCAGAUCCCUGGGAGGCUUGGGGAUUCCACUGCGCUACUUGUUUGUCAUCCUCAUGCCAGUGAUGACAAACAUCUUGGAUUACAUGGCCGCUUCACCCUUGCUGUACCCUGAGCGCCUGGCAAUGCUAGUCCGUGCGACAGGAUUGCUGGAUUUCGCUCUCUCAGCCCUGGUCUCCGCAACAUUUCUGGUCUGGCUUACCAAGCGUCAUUUGGACUUGACCGGCUGGAAGCAGUGCUGCUGGAUCCUGUCCUGCAGCAUUAUUCAUGUUGUUCCAGUCGGCAUAGUCUUCGCCAUUGUGGAGUCGCUCCAAGUCUAUGCCUACGAUGGUGUGGUGUGGGCUGUUUGCAGCUUGCUCUUCGUGCUGGUUGCGCAGCUCCUGCUUUUGGUCCUGGUGCACUGCCGUUGGCGAGGUGAGAAACGGGUUUGUGACAAGCGAUCCCUCUACGCCUACAGGGUCCGCUUCGCGCUCUCCGCGGUGGUGAGGGAGUCGCAGCAGCUUGAGGCUACCGCGGAGAACGUGGAGGAGGAGAGUCCCAGAAGUCUGAACUUUGACAGUGUGAUGAGUCUUCGCAGCACCACCACGAAGGCGACAAGCUACAUUACAGAGACACGCAUGUGA